AUGCACUUCUCUUCACUCUUCACUCCCGUCAUGGCCCUUCUUGCCACCACUGCCACAGCCAGUCCCAUCGAGAAGCGUGAGGUCUCCUCCGACACAAUGGUACAAACCAUUGAAAAGAUCACUCAGCAAUCCAAGAGCCUCAUCACCGUCGCCAAAAACCUCAAUCCAAUGAACGGUGUUCCUCUUCUCGGACCCAGCUCUAGCAGUGGCAGCUCCAGCUUCAACGAUGUCAUCAAUGGCUUCCAGGGCAUCAUCCAGACUGGAACCACUGCCAUUACCAACAUGCAAGGCACUCCAUCCUACACCGACACUGCUGCCGAGCAGCAGGUCUGCGAUGCUUUCCACGAGAACCUACUCAACAUCGUCAUUGGCAAGUCCGGCCUUUUGCAGAGCAUCUUCCUCGGCCCUGUCGCCGCUGUCCUUCGUUCCCUUGAGGGUGUUGUUGACACUCUGGCUUUCGGUGUCAUUGACUCCGUUCCCUUCUGCGCUGACAACGCGACUUCGGACAAGGACAACUUGGACGGCACUCUAGGCAAGGCCAUCUGUGCCUACACACCCGGCGGCUCCCUUGGUGUUGACGUUUUCUGCUAA